AAGGAGGCGUCAAAGAUGAGUAGACGGAAGAGUUUUUCCAUGAAAAUCAUGCGACGAAGAGACUGCAGGAGAUGUCAACAAAAACUCCCCUGAAAAUGCCGCUGUCAACCUGAAUAAUAACGAGCUGAAUUUUACAACUGACUGCCAGUAUCGAUCAAUUAUAUCUUCCUUUUAUGAGCGUUUAACUAAAUUCUCACAAUGGCAGAAGGAAACACUCUUUCCGGUGUAAAUGUUGUACUUGUUAUGGCCUACGGAAGCCUGGUGUUUGUGCUGCUGUUCAUCUUUGUGAAAAGGCAGAUAAUGCGCUUUGCUAUGAAGUCUCGCAGAGGACCGCACGUCCCGCUGGGUCAUAAUGCACCGAAGGACCUUAAAGAAGAGAUUGACUCCCGUUUGUCCAAAGUGAAUGACAUUCGCUAUGAGCCACAUCUGCUCUCUAAAGAUGACGAUCGACUAAAGCAUCAAGGCCAGAAUGGUUGUUAUAAUUAUCUCUUCAGAAUGCAAGCAUUGGAUGCCAUCAGAGACUCUGAUCUCCCAUUUCACGAGUUGUGUCGCAGUGCCAGUGCUCUGACCGGGCGGCGCUACAGGAAGUGGCUGCUGGACCUGCGAAACUCUCAUUCUCUGCUCAAGAGUCACGGUGCGCUCCUAGAUCGCUUAGUGGAGGGCUACGACAGCGCUCGCCAUGGGACCGGGAUGUUUGGCGAGGCAGAGUUUGUGAAGUAUAAGGAAGAUCUGGCUGAACUGGCUGCUGUUGUCAAGUCCUACUCCAGCAGCACCAGUCUAAACCAGCAGCACCAGUCAGCAGCUAAAGAUCUGACCAGCUCCCCCGGCCCCUCAUCUGCCUCCACCAUUCAGGUUACUUACCUGCCCUCCACUGGACAGCGCAGCAAGAGGCCCAAACACUUCCUGGAGCUCAAAAAUUUUAAAGACAACUAUAAUACGCUAGAGAGCACACUUUAGAGGACGAAACCCUUUUAAGGAACUGUGUAGAUUUAACUCAAACUGUGAAACAGAAGUGUCGCUCUACACAGGAAAAUCUUUCGUGUAGAAAUGACCACAGUGGGAGAUGCAGUAAAACCUCAAAUCACAUUGAGAAUGUGAGAAUGACUUAAGAUAGAACAAAAUCUAUGGGAUAAAAGUCAUUGUGAGAGCAAUGCAAGAAUGUUACAUUUCUGAUUUUAUUGUUGUCCUGCCAGAACUCACACCAUUUUCUUAUUUUAAAGGUCAUAGCUACUGUUUACCCUUUUCUUUUUAACUGGAAUAACUGUUCUGGCACAAACGUGGAUUAAAAACAGCUGUACGGACAUUCAUUCUUACACCUGUUUUAUAUUAAAACAACCUUGAGGUUUCCAAAAAAGAUCCUGUGUCAGAGAAGACAAGGCUGGAUAUCAUUCUAACAGAAACUGGGAGAGACAAAUAUUCUUUUCUGUGCUACUGAUCAGCUUAUUGUCCUUAUUUUUUACGUGCAGUUGUAAUUUUUAAUUCGUUCAUGUUGGUAUAAGGAGGAACAAAGUGCUUUGAGACAUUAAUUGAUAUGGUUGUUGUCAUGGUAAUGUAGAUAAAGAGCUAUGAGAAGCUGUCUGUGUUGACUUUCACUGUAUUAUAAAGUCUUAUCAGAUCUAAUAAA